AUGGACAAAGAUUUGAAAAAACAAGAAAUUCAAGAAAUUGAAGAAAGUUUAACAGAUUUGGAAUUGAAGGAAAUUUUAGAAAAAAGAGAACCCGAAUUAAUAAGCAGGGAGUUUAUGUCACUUAUUAUAACCAAAAUUAAAAUGAAGAGAAAAAUUGGUCAACAAGAAAUUGCUAAAAUGAUACUUUUUAUGGCAGAUUUUCCCGAAAGAAACUGGAAUAUUAGAGUCAUUAUGGAAGUUAUGAAAACCAAUCUUGAAGAAGUUAAUUGGAGGGAUGUAUAUUCCUAUUUUCUUGAAGAGGAUUUUAACAUAUGGUCUUUAGAAAGCUUAUAUGUAAUUAUUGAUUGUUGGGUUUGUAUAUCUGGAAUAAUAACUGUACCUUAUGAAAUAUUUUUUAAAAGAUGGAAAAAUGUGAGAUCACAAAUAUAUUUUAUUAGGUUACUUAUUGAAAGUGAUGAGAAAAAAACACAAUUAUAUUCAAACGUUUUCUUUUCUAAAAUAGUAAAGUUAGAGGAAAUAAGAAAUUCUAGAUUUAAGAGUACACUAAAUUAUGAAAGUAAUUUUAAUUGUGUAGAAUUAUUUGAAUGUAUUAAAAAUCUAGAUUCUAAUAUUCUUAUAGAGCAGAUUGCAAAAAAGGCUCCUGAAUGGUGUUUAGCUGGAUUAUCUUACGUUUAUCCUACAUUUGAGAAGUUCUUUGAUGAUUUAGUUGUUACUUUUUUUAGAGGAUCAUCAAGCAACUUUAUAUUUUACAUAUUAUUUAGGAAUAUUCCAAAAGUAAUAUUGAAAAAAUUACCGAAAUAUAUUUCAAAUGGAAUAUCUCUUUCAAAAACACUUGAUGUUAUAUUGGAACAAAAAAUGUUGCCAAUGGUCAGUGAAGAUUUAGACCCUCCUAAUAUAUGUUUUGAUAUCAUUAUAUUAAGCUCUCUUAGAGAUCAUUUAAAUUUGGGAAUAUGGUUAACUAAUAACAUAACUGCAAGAAAAGAUACAUUUGUUAAACUUUUAAUAUCGUAUGUAGAUUUAAAGAUUCAUAAUGUUUUAGAUGUUAAAGUUAAUUGUGAUUCUGAUAAUAAGUCACAGAAUAUUAUGACAGAUAAAUUAUUUCCGUUGACAAUUGAUAUGAUAAUCAAUAUAACUAAAUUAAUUGAGCAAAAUCAAAAACAGCUUUGUUUUGAAACAUUAACUCUAUUUAGUCAAUUAAAAAGGCUUAUUCCACAAGCAAUUAAAUUUAAUAAAGGUGUAGAAAGUAAUGUAGAUGAGCAAGCUUCUGCUUUUAUUAGUUCAAUUAUAAAUUCUCAGCUUUCAAUAUCGGAUGGUAUUAAAAAUAUUCAAAAUAUGCAAAAAGGAGAUUUAACAUCAAAAGAAUUGACAUUUAAAAUUUUUGGAACACUUAUUGAAAAUUAUUCAGCUCUUUAUAAAUUACCAAAUUCAGAUCUUUUAGCAGAAUUUUAUGGAGAACUUAUUAAAAGCGAUGUUAUUCCACGACCUUUCUUAAAAAUAGCUUUGAGUUAUAUUAAAGAAUCUUUAAGUUUUCCAGAAACAGAUCGUGAAUUCCAUUUCGCUUUUAAAUGUUUGGAGGUUUUUAUUAAGAAAAUUCCUAAAUUUCUUAGUGAUGUAGAGGAUAUAGAAAUUGUUAGAAGCAAUUUAGUAAAAAAAGAUUUAAUUUUAGUAGAUCAAGAUUUUUAUUCAUUUUUAAAAUUUGGCGAUCUUUUGCUGUUGUGCACAAAUUAUAAAUUUAAUAACGAAUUGGAAAAAAAAUUGGAUGAAUUAAAAAUAGCUGCAGAUAAAAAUUAUAAGGGUUUAAGAAAGGAUGAAUUUGUAGUAUUGCUUAUUACAAAUUUAUAUGAAGAGGAUACACCUUUGAUAUAUAAAAUUUACAAAACUGUUGAUAAAUCAAUUUUAACUGAAUUUAUUCAUUCUUGUCUUCAAAUUUUAGAGAGUUUACUGGGAUUUACCGUAGAAAAUGAAAUUGACUUUGUAAAAAAAUUGGGCUAUAUUCUUGGACAAAUGACAUUGGCACAAAACAGGAUGAUUUUUUUGGAUAGGUUUGAUUUUAAAAAAUUUCUUAUCAAUUCGAUUGAAAGCAGAAGAAUGUUGUUUGGUGUAUCAUUUAUAUGCAGCUUUCUUAAGCAAGGAAAACAAGGUAAAAUUUUUAUUCCAAAAAAUCCGUGGUUAAUGUCAAUUCUUAAUUUAUUGGGUGAUUUACAGCGUUGUACACUAAAAAUCAUUCGAUGCGAAAUUGAAGAUUUGUUCAACUUUUUCAAUCUCAAAAUUGUCUCAAGGCCCAUCAGAACUUUUAAAUUUAAAACACGUGAAUAUUUACUAGAAUAUAAACUUCAAGAUGGAUUUGGAUUGUUUGAUAUUGUAAAUGAUACUUCUAUUAGUAGUAAUAUUAAUGAAGAAGAAAAAUUAUUUAAACAUGUUGUUUCUCUAGCACUUGAUUUUAGCAUUCGUGAAAUAACGGAAACAAUUAUUGAAAAGGCUUGUGAAAUUGCUCUUAAAACUGGAAUGUCGUUAUUUAAAACAGUUAGAGUUGAAAAGGGGUGUGAAUAUACAUUUUUUAGAAAUUUUAUGAUAAAUUUGACCAAAUCUUUAUGUUUUAUUUCAUCUCAAGAACCUAUGCGUGCAUGUAUGUCUGGUAAUAUCACUUAUUUUUUAAAGCUAGUAGGCAUAGAAAUAUCGCCCGAUAAAAUUCACAUUAUUGUGGAAAAUAAUCAUGAAAUUUGUUGCAAUUUGAUUCAGAGAGCUGGUAUUUCAAGAAUAGCAGAUUGUAUUGGUGAAUAUUUUAAAAAUACGGAGGUAAGCAUAGGUAAUAGUUCAUUUAUAAAUUUAAAAAUUUUAGAGAAUACUACACACAUCGAAAAAAUAUUUAUUAAACCGAUUGAGGCUAGUGAGUAUCAAGAACUAAAAGCACAUUUCUUACAAAUAAACAGAAGAAAAAAUAUUAAAAAUUUCGACGUAAUAUCUGAAGAAUGGCACAUUCUGUUAAGCAAUAAUCCUGAACAUGGGUAUCGAAAGAUAAUAGAUUAUAUUUUAAAAUCAGAUGAUAAAGACAUUGAAUGUACAAAACUAUGUAAAUAUAUUAUUGGACAUUUAAUUAAAAGGACGACACAAACCAAUUCAGAUUUUUUAUAUCAUUGUCUUAAAGAUAUUUUUAAAAUAUCGUAUAGAACACAAAAGGAGGUACUAAGUUGGCUUAUUUAUUCAACUGAUCCUAGAAGGUUUAGUUUUCACUUUGUAAGCAAAUUUAUUGAAUUUAAUUUGAUUAAUUUAAUAGAAUAUGAUCAGGCAUUGGCAAGGAAUAUUAGGAUUGAAGAGAAUUUAGAUCCGAUUUUAGAACUUGUGACUAAUUUAAUUACAGGAGAUAUUCAAAUUUGCACUGUGUAUGAUUUUAUAGCUCUUUUAGAAGCUCUUUCCAAUUACAGUGACAAUAGUAAGAUUUAUGAUUUUUUUCAAAAAAUAAGUAAUUUUAUGAUGUUUUUUGACAACUUAAAUGCUUCAGAUUUUGAUGAAUUUGUAAAAUCAGAAAAAUAUAUUAUUUUUCAGGAUUUUAAAAAGGUUAGAACUUUACCAAGUAACUUAAAUAUUAAAGCAGCAUUUAAAUCUUCAUGGGAACACUUUGUAAGAUAUCAUAAGAUUCCAACGUUGUAUUGUUAUCAAAAAAUUGAUGUGAUUCCUAAUUUAAUAAAAAAUCAUCUUAAUUUGUAUAUAAAAGACACAUUAGAAGUUUUUAUAGACGCAUAUAGUAGAAGAAACUAUUUAUUUACAAAGUUUUACACACGAUUUCUUACUAAAUUACUUGAUGUUAUUGAAGAAACUCCCGAAAAUCUUAAAUUGAUCUACGAUCUAAUAAAUUUACUAAAACCAUCAAAUGUCCCAUUUUUUACAACAGGAUAUAUAGAAAUAGUUCAGCAUAAAAUUGUAAAACGCUUUUUUGAUUUUUACAUAGCUGAGGAGAUUGUUAAAGUAAUUAAUAUUAAUGAUAGUUUUUUGUAUCCAUGUACAAAAAUAUUUCUAAGCAUAAAAGAUAACAAGAAUUUUAUAAAAAUGUAUGGAAUUUAUUUAAGUUUUAUUUGUAAACACAAAUUUAUACAUUUAAAAAAUAUUUUCAAUAGAUAUAGAGAUAAUAUUUCUUAUAUUGAAAAUCAAAAUUUAUAUUUUAGAGUGAGAAGAAUGUUACAGAGUAAUACUAUAAAUAUCAAAGAAUAUAUAAAUAAUUCGAAUUUUAUUUUAUAUAUUAUUGAUAACUUAAAUGAAAAAAAUCUUGUGUCUGUAUAUGCUACAAACAUUCUUAGAACAUUUAUUAAUGAAAAGGUUUUUAUUCAAAAAAUAAUAGCUCUUGUUUGGAUUUGUAAUAAAUGUGAUUUUGUGCCUGCUGGAUUAAAAACUUUUUAUGAAGAACUUAUAAAAAAUGAAAUGAUUUCAAAAAUGGUUGACUUAAUAGAAGCCAAAUUCAAUAAAUAG